UCUCUCUCUCUCUCCUCUGUGAGUGUGCACCAUGGGGAACCGAGGCAUGGAGGAGCUGAUCCCGCUGGUGAACCGUUUACAGGAUGCCUUCAGCAGCAUCGGGCAAAGCUGUAACCUCGACCUGCCGCAGAUCGCCGUAGUCGGAGGCCAGAGUGCUGGGAAGAGCUCCGUGCUGGAGAACUUCGUGGGAAAGGAUUUUCUUCCCCGAGGCUCUGGAAUCGUUACCCGCAGGCCUCUGGUGCUGCAGCUAAUCAACUCUAACACAGAAUGGGCCGAGUUUCUUCACUGCAAAGGAAAGAAGUUCACAGAUUUUGAUGAAGUGCGUCAGGAGAUCGAGGCUGAGACGGACCGCGUCACUGGAGCCAAUAAGGGCAUCUCUCCAGUUCCUAUCAACUUGAGGGUGUUCUCUCCAAAUGUGUUGAAUCUGACUUUGAUCGAUCUGCCGGGGAUCACCAAGGUGCCCGUGGGAGACCAGCCUCCAGACAUCGAGCAGCAGAUCCGUGACAUGAUCAUGCAAUUCAUCAGCCGAGAGAGCUGCCUCAUCCUUGCCGUCACACCCGCCAACACUGACCUGGCCAACUCCGACGCCCUCAAACUGGCUAAAGAUGUGGAUCCUCAGGGUCUGAGGACGAUUGGCGUGAUCACUAAACUGGACUUGAUGGAUGAGGGCACUGAUGCUCGAGAAGUUUUGGAGAAUAAGCUGCUUCCUUUGCGGAGGGGUUAUAUCGGGGUGGUGAACCGCAGUCAGAAGGACAUUGAAGGAAAGAAGGACAUUAAAGCAGCUCUGGCUGCAGAGAGGAAGUUCUUCCUAUCUCAUCCUUCAUACAGACACCUGGCUGACAGCAUGGGGACACCACAUCUGCAAAAAACCCUCAACCAGCAACUGACCAAUCACAUCCGGGACACGCUGCCUGCGUUUCGGAGUAAACUUCAAUCUCAGCUUCUCGCUCUGGACAAGGAGGCCGAGGAAUAUCGGCACUUCAGACCUGAUGAUCCGUCACGCAAGACUAAAGCCCUGCUACAAAUGGUGCAGCAGUUUGCAGUGGACUUUGAGAAGCGGAUUGAAGGAUCAGGUGAUCAGGUGGACACAGUUGAACUGUCAGGAGGAGCCAAGAUCAACCGCAUCUUCCACGAACGCUUCCCUUUUGAACUGGUCAAGAUGGAGUGUGAUGACAAAGAGAUGCGCCGGGAGAUCAGCUACGCUAUCAAAAACAUUCAUGGCAUCAGGACGGGCCUCUUCACUCCAGAUAUGGCGUUCGAGGCGAUUGUGAAGAAACAGGUCGUGAAGCUGAAGGAACCCUGCAUUAAAUGUAUUGAUCUGGUCAUUCAGGAGCUGAUCAACACAGUGCGUCAGUGUGCUAAUAAGCUGGGUACGUUCCCCAUGCUGAGGGAGGAGACGGAGCGAAUUGUCACUUCACACAUCCGCGAGCGCGAGAGCCGGGCAAAAGAGCAGAUUCUGUUACUCAUUGAUGUACAGCUCGCAUACAUCAACACCAACCAUGAGGAUUUCAUUGGAUUUGCCAAUGCACAACAGCGGAGCAGCCAAGCAAACAAGACGAGUUCUGCUGGAAAUCAGGUCAUUCGCAAAGGAUGGUUGACCAUCAACAACAUCAGCAUCAUGAAAGGAGGAGCUAAGGAGUACUGGUUCGUGCUGACGGCUGAGAGCUUGUCCUGGUUCAAGGAUGAUGAGGAGAAAGAAAAGAAAUACAUGCUGCCCCUGGACAACCUGAAAGUCAGAGACGUGGAAAAAGGCUUCAUGUCCAGCAAGCACAUGUUCGCCAUCUUCAAUACAGAACAACGAAACGUCUUCAAGGAUAAUCGCUUCCUAGAGCUGGCAUGCAACACACAGGAAGAAGUGGACAGCUGGAGAGCAUCCCUGCUCCGUGCUGGUGUUUACCCCGAGAAAUCGUCGGUGGAGAGUGAGAGCUCUGGUGCCACUGAGAACUUCUCCAUGGAUCCUCAGCUGGAGAGAAAGGUGGAGACCAUCCGGAACCUGGUGGACUCCUAUAUGGCCAUCGUUAACAAGUGCAUCCGGGAUCUCAUGCCCAAAACUAUUAUGCACCUUAUGAUCAAUAAUGUGAAGGACUUCAUCAAUGCAGAGCUGCUGGCUCAGCUAUACUCGGCUGGGGACCAGAACACACUGAUGGACGAGUCUCAGGAGCAGGUACAGCGCAGGGAAGAGGUGUUGCGGACCCACCACGCACUGAAGGAGGCACUAGCCAUCAUUGGAGAUAUCUCCACCACUACUAUCUCCACCCCUCUUCCUCCUCCUGUGGACAGCUCCUGGCUUCAGGCUGGUUCUGGAGGCUCCCGCAGGUCUCCCCCUCCAAGUCCCACUGCCCCACGCAGAAUGUCUGCAGGUCAGAGGCCAGCAGGCCGGGGUGCUCCGCCUCCUCCAUCACGCCCAGGGCCUCUUGGGCCCUUUAACAACAGCGGUGAUGGUCCACAGGUGCCCAACCGCCCGAACCGUGCUCCUCCCAGCAUUCCCAGCCGCCGACCCCCACCUUCCCCUACCAGACAGGUCCCAUAAGCUGCCCAGCGGGAUCCCCUCCUCCUGGACCAAGCACUCACACACUCCUCAGCUUUUACAUCUCAUAACCCUCUGAUCCCUUAGCGUCAGCUCCUGCAUGUCCCAGUCCUUUUCUUCACUGCUCCCAGAUCAUUCUUAGACUCGCCUUGUGUGUGCAGAUUCUGCUGCAGUGCUAGUGUCCAUGUUAGCCAUGCUUGUUUCAUACUGUGUCUCUUCGCCUGUGAUCUGGAUUGGCCAAGCAAGACUCAAAGUGGUGUUCUCAUCACAACCUCUAAAACACAUGCUUUUUAGCUUCAUUUCUCUAGUCUGUGAAAUCCAUCGUGAACAUGCUAUGCUUGCUGAGCUCUGAUCAGAACAAUGAGGCUCCUCAC